UCAAUGCGUCGUUUUUAUGCUUUUCAAAAUGCAAAUGCUGAUCUUCAGAGUUAUGAAACUCGAGUGUAAGUCAGAAAUUGAGAUGUUGCGCUGAAUUGGAAUGGGAUUACGAUUUGCAGCUUUUUCUUUGCUCGGAGUGUUGGUGUAUUGCUGAGAUGACAUGCCAUGUUGAACUGAUCCAAGCUUUUCACCAAUUUUCUCCAUUCAGAAAUUCAACAGUUAAGCAAUCCGUCAAUAUGAACGGAAUAUCCAGAAACCUUGAAAACUGCGGAAAUCAUUCUCGCGUGUCCAACGACUGCCCUAAAAAUUACUCUGAAUCUGAAAGAUCCAACAGUCGGUUGAACGCAAAAAGUCGCAAUAAAAAUGAAAGAAAUAAAGACGACGAAUACCAGCGAGCCAAAAGAGAACUUAUGAAAAACCCGAAUUUCGUCCGUUUUGAAAAUGGAUGGUCUGAGCAUAUUAGUCGGAGCGGAAAGCACUAUUAUUUUCAUUUCCAAACUAAACGGACUGUUUGGGAGAAGCCAGCCGAGAUGUCGCAGCCGAAAUCUUCAAACAACUUGGUGCGAAUUGAAGGCGAGUGGUCUGAACAUAUCAGUAGCUCUGGAAAUCAUUACUACUAUAACAGUAGAACCAAAGAGUCAGUCUGGGAGAAGCCAAAAGAGUUAUCUGGUGAAAAGAACAAUCCGAAUAGAUCAAAUUCGAAUGGCGGGAUCCAUGACAAUGCAAAAGAUGAAAUUUCGCGUAAAUUGUCAACACAAGCCUCCAAUCCUGAAGACGAUCAGCCGACACAAAAAGAAAACUCAGUCGGUUAUUCUUCAGAUAGUCAACGGAAUAUCAAAUCAGCAAUGAGCAAAGAGAUGCUCAAGUUAAUGGUUCAACAGUCAAACGAGCCUACCAGAGGCCAUGAUACGGUGCUGCAGUCAGCGAGGCCGUUAGCUCAAAGGAAACGACCUCAUAGCUCACACCUAACAGAACAGCUGACAUCUCCACUCAAUGGCAAGUUGACUAGUUACCCGACUGCAGAUCCACGAUUAACAAGUAGCUCGGGUCUUGAAAAUGACUGUGAAUUGUCAAAUCUAAGUGGCGAUUCGCGAGGAAAACCCGCGCGGUAUGGCAAUGAAGUCCCGCUGAAUAGCAGCAGCGAGGACUCUUUGCUUCCUAAUGGUGCUACUACCCACUCUUCCGUCCCCGUAGACUAUCACACAAAUGAGAACUCGAACUCGGAAAAUACGCUCAACAAGUCCAUGUCCAUGCCAGACUCGGAGUACUUUGCCAGUCCGAAUCGGUCGGCCACGGAAGACUGGGCCUUCAUUUCAAGUUGCAAUACCAGGUAUGCAAGCGGAGGUAGCCGAAAAGAGAGCAGAAAGGAUAACUCCAGAAGCGUUAGUUCUAAAAGAUCAAAGAAUUCCAACGCAGAAAAUAAUUUGAACUCCUCACAGUCUAGAGCAGAGAAUGAACCUAACGGAAAGAGUCAGUUAGGGAAUGAAGCUUACUGCACGCCUAGAAAGCGUGCACGAAUGGGAUCCACAGAUUCGAAUGAUCCAACAAAAACUCCGAAUGAUAGAGAGACAACUCCGACGAAAGACGAAGAAGAGCUCGCUGGUUCGCCACUCGGAAAGGCGUCGCCAGGCGUAUCAGAUGAUGGAAUCACCGAGAACUGCGGCGAAGCACAAGCUGAUUUGCCCGAGUCUCCAAAACGAGAGGAACUGCCACCGUCGACUCAUUUUUAUGACCCUGAAUUAGUGAUGCACAUUUGCGAAUGGCCCACAGCCUCAAUGGAAGCGCAAAUACUGAAGAAUAUGAGCGAAGAAUCCAAACACGCUUUACAGACUUUCCAGACGGCGGUGGAUCUGAAAUUCCUGAGGUCUGUUGUGAGAGCCAACGAGAUCCAAGCAACUCUGCAACAAGCAAGGAUCCACUUCAUCCGGGAGCAAAUUCAGGAGUUGGAAAAUACCAGCAUCAAUCUGGGUGGGGGCACCUCGAUCGAAAGUGGAAUGUCAACAAGUAGCGGCGGGGGAGCAAGUUCAGCAUCCUCUAGUUCCGUCUCAUUCUCCGCGCCUUCCUCCAGCACAACGAGUAGCUCUGCAGCGAGCACCGCCACCAUUCCGUCGGCUAACCAAUUCGCCUCAAAAACAGGAUCUUCCUCGGGAGCUCCUCCGCAUUCGGCCUCAAAAACAAACCUGGUCAACAGUAGUUCAACCAACCUUAGCACAUCUUCACAUCUGAAGCAGUUUCUUUCGAACAGUGGAGUUACCCUGAUUGUCAGACCGUCCUCUUCCUCCUCCGCAUCGUCCACGGGGGGCUCAUCAGCAACACUUUCUUCUUUUGUCCGCCCUCCUUCCCACCUAGCUGCCUCCUCCUCAAAUCUCACGGCGCCGCACACGUGACAACAAAGUGUUUCACGUGACAGCACCUGUUGCCCAUGCAUUAUAAGUGUCAAUAAUUUGAAUUGGGUUCUUUCAAAAACUUGCUCUGUUUUUACGCUGUUCAUAAACAAUUUUAAAACUGAACUCGAUUUAACCUGUCUCCGAAACGGAGUUUCAAAUUUUCAAACUGAUGAUGUUAGUUAAUAUUAAUUUCAACCUGGUCUGAUGAAUAAAAUGAAUUAUUAAUUGGUCGGUUGAUUUCUUCAAUUUACUGAUUUUAUCCUUUCCGUAUUGCUUUUGAAUGUUAACUGUUCUUCUAUUUGGCCCACGACAUGAAUUCGAUCUGUUUGCUUGUAGCAGAUUCGAUCUGUAUACCUCAACCUUAAAUUGAAAUGGAGCCGUUAUAGACGAUUUAUGUUAACAUAAAAUGCCCUAGUUGAUGACAUAGUUUGUGAUUGCAUAAUCUUUUCCUCAAUUUUAUUGGUUUUGUUUCAUAGCUUGUAUAGAAAUGUUUAA